AUGGUUACAGUGAGGAAGCAAGCUCUCAAGCAGAGCUUUGAAACCCUACAAAUGGAGGAUGGGGAGAGCAUUCAGUGCUACUGUGCCAGGGUGGUGACAAUAGUAAAUCAAAUGAAAGCAAUGGAGGAGUCGAGAGACUUGUCUAAGCUAACGCUAGAUGAACUCACCGGAUCUCUACAAGCACACGAGAUCAGGGUGAAUCGGUCUGCAGGGAAGGUAAGCGAGAAGGCGCUAGUCAUGAAAGCUGAGAGCUCGGGGCCACAGGCUAAGGAGAAGUGUACUACUACUUCAUCUGCUGGUUGGAGUCCAACCAGAGGUCGAGGGAGGGGAUUCUCUCGAGGAAGGGGUAGAGGAAGAUGGUCAAGAGGCCAGGGAAGUGAUUCCAAAGCCCAUGUCCGAGUGUUUUUUUAUUGUAAGAAGUAUGGACAUGUAAAGGCCAAGUGCCGGGAGAGAGCGAAGUCCAUAGAGAAGGGAGCAUCGUUGGUGGUGGAGGAGCAGGGGAGUCAUGAAUGCCAGAGAAGCAUGUUUACCAGCUUAGAUGAAACUCAGAAAGUAAUUGUUCGCCUUGGAGAUGACAAGGAGAUGGUGGUACUUGGAGUAGGAACAGUUACAGGGUACUCAGUCUUAUUUCGUGAGAACGAGUGCAUCAUCAAGGAUGGCCGUUCGGGAGAGUCAGUUGUUGUCAUUCCAAAGUUGAGCAACAAUAUGUUUCCAGUCGACCUCUCAAGAAUAGAGAGACUGAAUCUAGCUGUGAGCAAAGAUACGCUGUCUGAACUAUGGCAUAGGAGGUUCGGGCAUAUGAAUUACAGAAGCUUGGAAAAGCUUGCACGAGAGAAGGGAGUCCAUGGGCUGCCAAAGCUGAAGUUGGUGUCUCAGUGUGAAGAAUGUGCAUCAUGUAAGCAUGCAAAGGGCUCAUUUCCUGCUACAAGGAUCAGAAGAAGCUCAGGCCGUUUACAACUUGAAGUGCUGGAUCUAUUGCCUAAAGAGCAAGGGUGA